ACAUUUUCCACAGGAUCUCCUGUAGAAUUAAGGCUGAUGGUGGUUGGAAGCAGUGGACCUUCACAGUUCCUUCUAAUAAAUUCCAUACUGGGGAGACAGGAGUUUUCAAAGGAUACCACCAGCAUUUCUGACAGCAGGAAGCACACCACGGAGCUGGCUGGUAGACGAGUGGCUUUGGUCAAUGGACCAAACAUGUAUGACAAAGAUAUAUCUCGUUCUAAAAGGAAGAUGGAGCUGAGGAGGUCUAAGUGCUUAUGCGUUCCUGGUCCCCAUGCAUUUCUUAUGGCCUUUGACGUGGAGAAAAUCUCCCAGAAUGAUAUGAGAACCCCCAAACUGAUGAAGGAACGCUUUGGAAGACACAGUCCGAGGCACUGCAUGGUCCUCCUAGCUUAUGAAGGAACCCUGGGGGUAGCUGAGGUGGAAGACAGGGUGCUGAAGACCGACUGGCCUCUGAGAGAGCUGAUCGACAAGUACGGUGGACGAUUUCACGUUUUCAGCAAGAACUGGAGAGAUCGCAGCCGGGACAGAAUGCUGCUGCAGAAGAUCGAGAGGAUGGUGGCCUCUUUAGGAGGGGGCUGCUUCACCAGCCGGUCUUUCCAGAAGGCAGAGGACUGUGUGAAGAGGGAGGAGAAGAGGCUCAGGAAGCAGAGGACAGCAGAGAUAGAGAAGGCAUGGACGGAGAUGGAGAAGCAAUACAUAGCGGAGGAGUUGUACCACCAGAAAGAUGCCUACACAGCCACUGUCGGUGCAGAGAUCAGAGCCAAGGCGGAGUUGAACAACGGAUGGCUCAGAACCUCUCUGGCAAGAGGACUGGGGACGGGUCUUGUUGUUGGAGCUGUCGUGGGGGCGCUGUUUGGGUCCAUAGAGGGCCCAGGAGGGAUGAUUCUGUAUGGGAUAAUAGGUGGUGCAGUAGGUGGAUCAGCAGGAGGAACAGCCCAGGUAGCUAUAGAGCAUAUAGAGGACAGGGUGGCUCCUCCUGCCAGACUCAACUUCAACUCCAUCUUCAUUAACCGCUUCUUUUCAACUCCUCGUCCAUGUUGAAAAACUUCCGUGCGUAGUUGACGUAAAACGUAUAAAUUCCUUGAUCUACAUACGAAAGUUAAUUAACAGGUUAACAUUGACUUUUGGUUUCACACAGGACUCUUUCACUAGUCUACUGGGUCAAAGUCUGGGGUUUGUUUGAGCCAUUUGUCACCAUUUCUGUCACCCUGAACAGACUUUUAUGCUUUUUAUAGUACGUUAGUUGCUCUUAGCGUCUAAUAAUGAUGCAGAUGGAUUUUAAUUGGACUAAGCAUCGGCUUGUGACGAAUUAGAGUAUAUGGUAGCGCAGAGUGCAAAAGGUGCUGGAAUAAAUCUGAGAUCAUUUCUGUAAUAGUUUGCUUUAUAGACACAAGGAAGUUAGAUUUUUCAGUAUACACAUCAUAGUUAGUAUAUUCCUACUGACAAGCGAUGAUAUGUACAUGUAAAAACAGUAUAAAACAGGACUGUAAUCAGUCAAUAAAACGUUAAUAUUAUGUGCACUUUGUAUCUAACUGUUGCUCAAGUAGUGUCUGGCUGACUGGGUACAGAAAUGUACAACUUCUGUUAGGUUAAAACUCAAACUUUACUUGUUCUAUGCCAUGCAGUGGAAGGCAAUUACUAAAGGUAACAACCAAUAAACCCCAUGGUUGAUUUAAACUGUAAAUUUGUAUCCUUAAUAAAUGGAGUUGUGACUU